CCUCGCCUCUUUGCAUCUCCACGCCGUCCGUGUACACACACAUAUGCACGCUGACCGCAUGCAGAUCUAAACAGAGAUUCAAAAGAACACCUUUGCUCUUCUACCGGCUAACCCGUCGUCAUCACUGUGAGGAGAAGCGGGCACCUCCAAGGUAGUGAUGGCGCUCCAGAAGACCCAUUCAUUGCUGCUGCUCGUGCUGCUGACCCUGCUGGGGCUUGGGCUGGUACAGCCUUCCUACGGGCAGAGUUACAUGUACCAACGAUUCCUGCGGCAACACGUGGACCCUGCUGGGAGAGGUGGCAGUGAUAGCUACUGCAACCUGAUGAUGCAAAGACGGAAGAUGACUUCAUAUCAGUGCAAGUACUUCAACACGUUCAUUCAUGAAGACAUUUGGAAGAUUCAGAGCAUCUGUAGCACCACGAGCAUUCAGUGCAAGAAUGGCAAGAUGAACUGCCACGAGGGGGUAGUGAAGGUCACAGACUGCAGGGAGACAGGAAGUUCCAGGGCUCCCAACUGCAGGUACCGGGCCACAGCCAGCAUGAGACGUGUUGUCAUCGCCUGUGAGGGUAACCCAGAGGUGCCUGUGCACUUUGACAAAUAGAUGCCACCCAGCAGGGGUUUUCUCCCAGCAGCUGGCCUCUAGCUUACUCCUUAAGUAGCAAUGAGUAGUGCAUUUGAGCUGUCCCAGACUCUGUCUCCUCUGCUUGUUUCUUCUUUUUCUCUGUAGAACCCAUUCUGUUCAAUACACUGCAUGAAAGAGAAAGUUGAGACAUAAACUUAUAAUGGGCCUGGGCUUUUCUGUAAUAAGCUUCCUUUUGUAAUACUGGUCGCCUUGGCUUUCUCAGAUCCUCUCCUCUGGAAUUUAGUCAUUAUAUGUACGUCCAGAGCACUUCAAGCAUUUUCAUCUAAGUUACGUCAUUUCUAAUGCCACAGCACCCCUGGGACACUGCUGCUGAUGCUGCAAGAUACACAAGCCCCAAGUUAAGGGAUUUGCUAAGAACAUAAAGCUAGUAGAAAAUCUGAGACAGAAGUCCAGUGUAACUGGCUACUAAUCUAGGGCUUUUUCCACUUCAGCACAAGAGAUGUUCUGAAACUUUCUGGUUUUUGUUAUUCCCAAAAGUCAGCUGUUGUGGGGAGUGUUAAAAUUUGGGAAGUAUGUACUGGCCAGAUGAGAGCUCUAUCUGUAAAAUUUGGGAACUUGACUGUGUUUGAAUCUAAUAAGACCAAGAAAUGAUAUAAGAAAUUUUGUUCUUCUCUUCCCAAACCCCUAGUAAGUCAGAGUGUUAAAAAUGUACUGGAUCAUUAAGACUCACUCUUCCUGACUGAAAGAUUUUUCAUGUUUUCUUUAUAAUAAAAGAAAUAAGAUACCUUAAAUUUCAA